CUUGUUAUGUUGUACAGAAUAAGGAGUUACAGUAAAAAAUUCUUCAGUCAGGAAGUGUUCCGGAAAGUGUUCUUGCUCUUGAUAAAAUAAAAAAACCUUUAUACGAAAAGCAUCCAAUGGCAAAGUUUUCCUGGACUGUUACUGAAGAAACUGAUACGGUAGAAUGGUACAAAAGAUGCCUGGAUGUGCUAAACAAUGUUGAAAAUCUAUCUCAAGGGAAGGAUGCAGCCACCAUCAUACAGAGCAAAGUUAUGCAGUUCUUGAAAGGGAAAAAUGAAGAUUUGCGGAUUCUCUUUGAUAAGGAGUUAAAAUCUGGGGAUUUUAGUGGUUUACAUGCAGAAUGUCUCACGGAUACAUGGAUAGGGAAUCACAGAUGGGCAUUUAUCGACUUGUCUGCGGGGCCCUUUACAUGGGGGCCUGCUGUUGGUGGAGAAGGUGUUCGCACAGAACUGAGCUUACCAAGUGUAGAAAAAACCUUAGGUGCAGUUGCAGAAAUUUCUGAAGAAGAGGCUGACGAUAUAUUGCAAGAGGCGAUACAAGAGAAGUUUGCAGUAUUUGGUGAUAUGCAGAAAGAUCAUCAAGCCAUAGAUAUCCUUCUUGCAGAAAUUGACAUAUACGAGCUGUUUGCUUUCAAACAUUGCAAGGGUAGGAGGGUUAAACUUGCUCUUUGUGAAGGUAUGGGAAGGAAUUUCAUUACCCGCGCAGGUGCGGGUGCGGGUAUGGGGAGUGGUGUGGGUUGCGUUGUGGUUGCUGAGGGGGGUGUGGAUGUGGCUCCUCCUGGCGAUGUGGAUGUGGCUCUUCCUGGCGAUGUCGUCGUGGCUCCUCCUGGCGAUGUCGUCGUUGACUAUUUUUUGGAAGGACUACCCAUAAAAACAGUCAGGUGUUCCCAAUGUCCUAGGGAUCGAGCUUGCUACUUUACGACCCCAUGCGAGAUGGAGAGUUCAGGAUUACCUUCAUUUGCUGCGGCUGUGACCACAGAUGGAUAGAUGGAGAGGAGUAUUUGAUACACAGUAUGGAUCUCUCUCUCUUGCUCAUGGUUAUACUCAUGAUUUGAGUCUCUUUUCAGAUUUCAAGUGUUUCAGGGGAACUUCGAUAUACAGAUGCAUUGGCACUUGUGCACACCCUAGAGGAUGCAUCAAAAGGGUUUGCUGAAUAUGUAAAUGCCACUCUUGCCCGUCUCCAUCCAAUUCAUUGCACAAGGAACCGGAAAGUUGAUGUUGAGUUUGACAUGACAACCAUACCUGCCUUUCUGGUCGUUGUCUCCAUUCUGUGGUUUGUUUUGAGGCCAAGAAGACAAAAGCCUAAGAUCAACUGAAGUUUUUCUUCCUAUGCUGAGAAUUAGUUAGUUAUCAUAAAUGGCUUACUGGCAACUUGUGACAAAGCCCACUCUGACUGCAGGAAAAAUUUUGAUUCCAAAACAGUGAUCUUUUUUCUAGUGCCCUCUAUUUAUUUUGAUCAUAAA